GCUCAGAUUCUCGGUUGCCCUUAGUUACUUCAAUUCUAGAAUGUAAACACGAGCCUUUGAUCGGGAGAAUGAUAAAUAUUUGAUUGUAACGAUGAAAGUGGGAGACCCCUCCUCCGAGGGUAUCGAGUCAAACGUAUAUAUAGGUUGUGGCGAGGUUAAUUUAUCGAACAGUUCGCAACUACCCUAGUCAGUAGUGUAUCGCGGCUAACGGCGAGUAUUUAUUGUGUAUAUAGUGAGCUUCGUUAUUCAGUUGUCGUUCGACUUUCGUGAGCAGUUUGACGCGUGAUGUCACUGCGUUUAGAAAGAGUCAAGCAAACGAGAAAGAUAAAGUGACAGUAUAUAGAAAUAUCUAUAGGCAAAUACACACGUGAAUACAUUCAUAUCUUAUUGGUCCGUUGCCGGGGAAUCCGUCAGAUCAUCCGUUAUUUUCUUUCGUUCUCCCUGCAGUCAGAAUCUCGGGUCCUUUUCAACGUAAAAUUCGGGAUAACUGAAAUUUAUAAAAACCAUGUAUCGAUUGAAAUAAAAAGAGACUAAAGCCCCGAUUGAUGACAGUGUCUGUUUCAUUUUGUUAUUUUUAUUCAGCAUCAAGCGUUCAGGCGUCUUGUCUUGGCUCGAACAGUGCACAAAGCGGGUGUUCAUCGAGGGUCACAGUAGGUUUUAGCUAUUGUGUGUAUACGUGAUCGCGCCUCUGUGUCUGUGCGCGUGUGUCUUUCUCCCUCUCUCUUUCUCUGUGUGUGCAUUGCUCGUACGUUUAAAGUGAGCCGGAGGUCUUUGAAAGAUUCUCGUAUAACUGUAUUCAUCGGACUGUCUUCUCAGUGCUAAUUGACCGGGGCUGAUCAGAAGAGGAAAAAAGUGCUCUCUCUGCAUCUCUACAGAAAUGUCGGACUUCUCGGGCUCAAGUGAUAUCUCAUAAUUCAUUAUUCUUAUUUUGGCCCAGUCGCUUUCGUUUACGAGGACACAGGGACGAAAAAUGGCUCUUCUGAAAAUCAGUUCGAAGAAAUGGGUGUCCGGGCUGCCGUCACCUCUGCCGGACGACAGGCCCAUCACUUCCAUCAACGUCGUCGAGGACAUCGACAAGUGCCCUGCAGAUUUCAGCGUCGUCUCCAAAACGUACGAUCAGGACAUCGAUGCAGACCUGUGGCGAGAGAGCGGCCUCUUCAUAAAGAAGAAAGGCCGAUACAUCUGCAUCUCAAAAACCGUAGGACUGUUGAAUCACGUUGUACAGGAAAUAAUUGUUAUAAACGAACGGGACAACCCACCGGAUGGUUUUACAAUGAUUAAUCAAACGUUGGAUACCGAGCAACGAGCCUGGAGGAAGAAAAAAGUUUGUUACAAGCUGAGCAACAGAGGAACUUGCUCCAAAGCUGUUACCGAUAUUAUUGUAUGUAGUCGCAUAAAAAAAGCACCCACCGGUUUCACGUACGCUGGAGAAAUAAACGGCGUGAUAGUCUGCUACAAAACGAGCCAGGUGACGAAUGGAGACACGAGUUCGCAACCGUACGAGAACAUCGACUUGUUACAAAAUUCCUCGCCAAAUCCGUCUAACGGAGUUCCGCACAGAGUUCCACCGGAGAGGCCACCAAAACCAAAAUUCUCACCAAAGCCUCAAAACGGCCUGUACCCAAAAAUCGCAAGCAAAACCGAAGCGAUCGACGACUCGUCGGACCGAGAUUACGAAGUUCUGAGCCCGAACGCAAGGAUCAAACCGACGAGGCCAGCGCCCCAACCACCCACCGCAGCCGCUGUUGGUUCCGUACCGAUUUACGGAACUUUACCCGGCUCAUCCGAUCUCGAUGGUGUCCCCUUCGUUCUCAAUUCCCUGUUGAGCUUCCACACCGAGUCCUGGGUGAACGUACUUCCUGUGAUCAAAGCACGAACGCAGAAGGAGCUUGACAAAGAGUAUCACUACGAUUUCCGAGCGGAGCGUGAGACCUGAACGGAGAAAAACUUGCCAAACGGAACGACCGUCGUGCCAAAAUGAAUUGUACGAAGAAGCAUAAAAAUUGGAAAAGAGCUAUUGGUCCAUACGAUAUUUGUAUCGAUAAGAAGAUAGCCGACUAGCCAAGUGUAAUAGAGUGCCUGAACGAGUGAUUUAUACUUGCGUCUUCAUGUUGCGUGUGAAUCGAUCCAUUUGUGAGCGAGCAGAAAAAACUUUUUCGUCAACCGUCGUUAAAACGUAUUCGAAAGAAAUCAUUGAGGCAUAGGACGAACCGAAAAUAAUUGAGCCAUACGUCCCUCAGUCAUGCUGAAAAAUUUCAUUUUUUGCUGAAUGCCAACAAUCGAUACAAACACUUCCACGAGUACGUGCGUAACGCCAUCCUCUUCCAUCGUUUAGAUUUUGAUACCAGUGAUUAGUAUUGUAUUUUUAUAGAGUUGCGUUGUAUUUUUAUAGAUCAUAGGUCUUUAUAAUGAUAAAUACAUAUGACUGUAUCAUACGUUCGCAUUCGUUAUAAGAUAUACUUGUAUGUAUAUAAUCAUGAGGAUAUUUAAUUAUUAAUAACAUUAUUAUUACUGUAUUCGUCAUUACGGUUCAUCAAGCUCGAACGGACGACGGACUAAUUCAAAUAAAAACACGAGUAUCAA